UAGAUGCUGCUCUGGCUACAUUGACUGACUGAUUAAGGAAGGACACGGCCUCCUGCAGAUUAUUGUACAUUGUGUGGAUCACAUUGCAGGACGAGAGCUGACAGAUGGCAACCAGGAGUGCAGGAACGCUCAUCACCCACAACAAUGCCACCUACAUCCCUCCGGCUCUAAUGCCUGGAUAUCGAGGAUAUGUUCCGGCCCAAGCCUUCACCUAUGGAGAUACGUUUGGAAACACCUCGGCUCGAUACUUCCAGGAUUUCCGCUCUACGGCUCUGAAUUCCAGCCAGACGCCAUACUCUAAGGGCGGGCAGUUCCCUACGAGAUACUCAAAUGAUCCUGCAUUAGUUAUAAGCAGCAGGUCUCGAGGGUGGGACAGAUGGCUGUAUAGUCCAAACUGCUCAAGAUAUAACGUGGACUACGAUAGAACAGAAGAACUGAAAGGCUUUAAAAAGGUCGCUGAACAACACCGUGAUCAUUAUCGGGAUAAAACUGGGACUUUGUAUCAAGUACCACAUUUUAUGUUACCUGUGAAGAAUGAGGAGACGUAUCCACUUCCUCAACAACGGUUAGUAUGACCAGACUCUGAUCUCCUGGUUGGUGUUACCUGAACUCCCAAACUGGUCUGAUUAUCGUCUGUUUCUACCAUCUCUUAGUGAAUAGUGUAAUGAACAACGGAAGAUCUUGUUGUUGACAAUAAACAUGUUAAUGGCUGUUUA